AUGGGGUCAAUGAAUUCGAACAACUGGCUUUCUUUUCCUCUUUCUCCGACUCAUGCUUCUUUACCAUCGCAUCUUCAUACGUCUCAGUCUCAUCAAUUUUCCCUAGGAUUGGUCAAUGAUAGUAUGGACAUUCCUUUCCAAGCUCAAGAGUGGAAUCUGAUUAACAGUCACGGCAAUGAAAUACCAAAGGUUGCGGAUUUUCUGGGCGUGAGCAAAUCUGAGAACCAGUCAGAUCUUGUAGCGUACGGUGAAAUUCAGGCAAGCGAUUCUGAUUACCUUUUCCCAAAUAACAGCAUAGUGCCUGUGCAAAAUACUGUUGUAGCCGCUGCUGCCGCCGCCUCAAACACAUACGAUUUUCAAGAAAAUGGGAGCAAUCUCCAGUCAUUGACACUUUCCAUGGGCAGUGGCAAAGCUGGUUCUUCAACAUGCGAAACCAGCGCUGGCGGCGAUAAUAGUAGUAAUACAAUGGAAGUUGCUCCUAGAAGGACUUUGGACACCUUUGGGCAAAGAACUUCAAUCUAUCGUGGUGUUACAAGACAUAGAUGGACAGGAAGGUAUGAGGCUCACCUUUGGGACAAUAGUUGUAGAAGGGAAGGUCAGUCAAGGAAAGGCCGCCAAGUUUAUCUGGGUGGAUAUGACAAAGAAGAGAAAGCAGCUAGGGCGUAUGAUUUGGCUGCACUAAAGUACUGGGGAACAUCCACUACUACCAAUUUUCCAAUUAGUAACUAUGAAAAGGAGUUGGAAGAGAUGAAGCACAUGACCAGACAAGAAUUUGUUGCCUCCAUUAGAAGGAAGAGCAGUGGAUUUUCAAGGGGUGCAUCCAUGUAUCGUGGAGUAACAAGGCAUCACCAACAUGGUAGAUGGCAAGCAAGGAUUGGUAGAGUUGCAGGAAACAAAGAUCUUUACUUGGGAACUUUCAGUACUGAGGAAGAGGCUGCUGAAGCAUAUGACAUCGCGGCGAUAAAGUUUCGAGGCCUAAAUGCAGUUACGAACUUCGACAUGAACCGAUACGACGUGAAGAGUAUUCUGGAAAGCAAUACUCUUCCAAUAGGAGGAGGAGCCGCCAAACGCCUCAAAGAAGCUCAGGCAAUGGAAUCAUCAAGAAAACGCGACGAAAUGCUGGCUCUUAGCUCCACCUUUCCUUACGGAAGCUCGAGUAGUUCAAGUAGAUUGCAGGCAUACCCGGCUGUGAUACAACAGCAGCAGCAAUUCGAACAACAACCUCAGCCCAUGCUAAGUCUACAGAACCACCAUGAACUCUCUCAUUAUGCUCAGGACCCUUCAUUCCAUCAAAAUUACAUCCAGACCCAGCUCCAGUUGCACCAGCAAUCUGCAGCUGCGAGUUCUUAUAGCAAUCCUCAUUUCUAUAACAGCUACAUCCAGAACCACCCAGCUUUGCUGCAGGGUUUGAUGGAUAUGGGAGGGUCUUCAUCGUCUCAUGUGAUGGACAACAACAAUGGAGGAAGCUCCACUGGGAGUUACAGUAGUAGAGGGUACCUUGAAAAUGGAAUGGGAAUGGGUUUGAAUUCUACGUCUGGGAAUGCAGAAGAACUUGCUCUUGUGAAGGUGGAUUAUGAUAUGCCGCCGGCCCCUUCCGGAGGUUAUGGUGGCUGGUCCGGAGGAGGUUCUGGUCAGGGAUCAUCAAAUGCUGGUGGUGGUGUUUUUACAAUGUGGACUGACUGA